AAACUCUCUCUCUCUCUCUCUCUCUCUCUCUCUCUCUCUCUCCUUGUUAUGUUCAUUUUCCUUUCUGGGUCUUUGUCAUACUCUGCAAAUUGGUGAAAACUUUUCGGUAGCAGUUAGUAUACGGGGCUCUCUUGAAACCCAAGUGUAAAAUUUUUCUCCUUUCUUUAUUGUCAUUGUGAAAUUCAUUGGUUUCCAACAUCAAAGAUCGGUUCUUUUUCAACAAUGAAGACUUCAACUCGGCUUGAUUCAGCUGUUUUCCAGCUCACACCAACUCGGACAAGGUGUGAUUUAGUGAUAUUUGCAAAUGGAAAGACAGAGAAACUAGCGUAUGGUUUGCUUAAUCCAUUUCUUGCCCAUUUAAAAACUGCACAAGAUCAGAUGAGCAAAGGCGGUUAUUCAAUUACUCUUCAACCUGGUCCUGGCAUUGAUGCAACUUGGUUCACCAAGGGAACGGUGGAAAGGUUUGUUCGCUUUGUGAGCACUCCAGAGAUCUUGGAACGGGUUUACACUGUAGAAUCUGAGAUCUUGCAGAUUGAGGAGGCUAUAGCAAUUCAAAGCAACAAUAAUAUAGGGUUGAGUCCUGUAGAUGGCUUUCAAGCAAAAGCUUCACGUACCAUGGAAGGCAGCAAGUCUCCACCAGAUUCAAAUAUGGAGAAAGCCAUUGUCUUAUACACGCCUGGCACCCAGACACCUGAAGCCAAUGGUUCCGCUGAGCAGGAGGGAAAUUCCAAAGUUCAACUUUUGAAAGUACUAGAGACACGGAAGACUGUGCUGCAGAAAGAGCAAGGCAUGGCUUUUGCACGGGCUGUAGCUGCUGGUUUUGAAAUUGAUCACAUGGCACCUUUGAUUUCAUUUGCUGAAAGCUUUGGAGCCUCACGUUUGAAGGAUGCCUGUUUAAGAUUCGUGGAAUUAUGGAAAAGAAAGCAUGAAACUGGUCAAUGGCUUGAAAUAGAAGCAGCCGAAGCAAUGUCAAGUCAAUCAGAAUUCUCUGCCAUGAAUGCAUCUGGAAUUAUGCUUGCUAAUGCAAUCAAUAAACAAAGGGAAUCUUGGCCUGGAACUACAGAAAAUAAUGGGAAGGAAAGUAUUGACCAAAGUACAGAUGAGAAGCAUCUCAUGGAUCACCAACCUCCUGGCCAUCAAGAAUAUUUCCAGGGACAGUUUCCACAUCCUCUGUUUCCUCCCUGGCCUAUACAGUCUCCACCAGGUUCUCUGCCAGCUUUUCAAGGUUAUCCUAUGCAAGGCAUGCCGUACUACCAAAAUUACCCUGGUAAUGGUCCAUUCUUUCAUCAACCUUAUCCAUCAAUGGAUGAUCCUAGGUACAACUCUGGUCACAGAAUGAGACAGAAACGGCAUUCAAUGGAUAGUAGAGAUGGCCAUACUGGAUCAGAGACUUGGGAGAUGGAGAAAGGAAGAUCUCAGGAUGAUGAGGAAUUGGACAAUGAAACUUUAGAGAGUCAUGAACCACGAAAAAAAGGAAGCCCAUCUGUUAAGAAGAAAGCAGGCAUGGUAGUUAUUCGGAACAUCAAUUAUAUCUCUUCAAAGAAGCAAAAUUCCUCAGAUAGUGAUUCAGAGUCUGCUUCUAGCACUGAAACUGAUGCUGAAAAUGAAGAUUUAGAGGCUGCUUCUCCAAAGGGUAAACCCAAGAAAUCUAUGAGGUCCUCAAAGGGUAACAGAAGUCAGUCAAGAUCUCUUGAUACUCUGAAUUCACCUGAUAAGGAUGACACACAGCAUCACAAAGAAGCAGAUGGUGGACAAUGGCAGGCAUUUCAAAAUUAUUUACUGAGAGAUGCUGAAGACGAGCGUCGGAGUAACCAAGGCAUGUUUGCAAUGGAAAAGGAUGUUCGGGUAAAACGAAGAACAAAUGCAAUGGAUGAGGACCUUUUAGUUUAUGAUGGAAGAGGAACUGGUCAGUUUGAAGAAGAUAAUACCACUGAUAUACAUGGAGUCAGUGCUAAAAUAAUCCGCAUGCCUAAGGCAUCAAAUGAUCAAUUCUUGAUUUCUCAAAGAGGUGGUCAAUCUGCUGAUGGAAGGGUUUUCAUUGAUGGUCAAAUGGAUUUACAGUCUAGAGAAAUAGAUGGCAGGAGCGGAUAUAGGAGGACUGAAAAUGAUGAUUUUGUUGUUAAUAGACGAGAAAAUCUGUCAGGUUUUACAGGUUCUCCAUCUGAUCCUCUGGCUGUAAAUGGAUUUGAACGUUCAAACAAUGGCUUGGAAAGAAGAUCAUCGCAUAAUGUCAAAGAUGAUUCCUACAUAGUUCCGUUUAGGUCAACUACAGUGGCUGAAGUUGGAACUGGUGACCGAGAUGCCAUUGACAUGGAUUCUGAGUUCCCAUUAUUACUUCAUAAGGCGGAAAAUGAGACUAAUGGGAUUAACCAUGUCGACUAUGAGCCAGAUGAAUUAAGUAUGUUGCCUGAGCGUGGAGCAGAAAAGGGAUCAAUUGGUUAUGACCCCGCUUUAGAUUAUGAAAUUGAGGCUUAUACUAAAAAUGGUGCUUCAGUGGAUAAGAAAAAUAAGGAGGUGAUGACUGACAAUAAGCAAGGGCUUAAGAAGUCAGACAAGGACCGGAAGUCAAAACCAGUUACUGAUAAGAAUAUAGGACCAAUAAGGAAAGGAAAAUCUUCAAAAUUGAGUCCUUUGGAUGAAGCAAGAGCUCGAGCUGAGAGGCUAAGAACAUAUAAAUCUGAUCUUCAGAAAAUGAAGAAAGAGAAGGAAGAGGCAGAGAUGAAACGAUUGGAAGCUUUAAAGCUGGAAAGACAAAAGAGAAUAGCUGCUAGAGGCAGUUCCAUUCCUGUUCAGUCAGCAGCAGCAACAACACAGCAAACUCGGAAACAAUUGCCAUCAAAACUUUCUCUGAGCUCUCAUAAGGGAUCAAAGUUUAGUGAUUCUGAGCCUGGUGUAUCAUCAGCUCUCCAAAGAUCCAUUAGACCUGCUUCUUUGGGAUCAAAUGAUUCUCAGAAAGGCUCUAAAACUGGCAAACCAAACACCGGAACCCAAUCCAGUGGAAAUAGGUUAAGUCAGUCAGUUUCAUCGCUGCCUGAUCCAAAGAAAGAAAGCAGUGGUGCAACUCCUGAUACAAAGUCAUCCAUGGCCAGGAUUAGAAGAUUAUCGGAGCCUAAAUUAUCUACUAGCUCACAUGUUCCUUCCAUGAAGAGACAAAGCUCUGAACCAUCAUCAAAGCCAAAAAUAUCUAGUGGGCCUGGGAUAAAAAAAAUAUCAGCAAUUAUGAACCAUGAUAAAAGUAAGAUUGCAUCUCUUCCAGAGCUGAAAAUUAGAAAAUCUGAGGCACCUAAUGCUGCCGCUAGCCAAUCUGGAGCCAAAGAAAUGGCUCAGAAAGUGAAUGGGAGCAAGUCUUCUUCCACUGAAGUUGCUGAGAUGAAUAGGAAAAAGGAGAAAGUUUCACUUCAUGGUGAUGGGGAUGAAAGCACAGUGAUUGAAAAAACAGUUGUGAUGCUUGAAUGUCAAAAGCCUGCCAUUUCUGCCUUACCUUCAUCUGAAGAGACUAUGCCAGUACAGAAGGAACAGAAUGACAUCCACAAACUAGGGAAAACAACUGAGAUAGAGUCAGAUUAUGCUGCCAUUUAUCCACCAGUUUCACCACCCAACAAGGAUAGAAUUGAUAAAGAACCCAUAGAACACCAAAUACAACAGCAAACUGGUUCUUUUAAGUUUCAGGUUGAGAUGGGAAACAUGAGCAACGCUAAGAAAGAAUCUCUGCAUCUGUCAGGCAUAGGCGUUACUGAAAGGGCUUAUCAAGCACCUUAUGCUCGAGUCUCUUCUUUGGAAGAUCCAUGUGCUGAAAAUUCAGAGUAUGGGAAGGGACCUCCAACUGGCUUGCAAAUUGCAGUAACAGAUAGAGACACGGUUAACACUCAUGUGUCUAAUGCAAAUAACUUGAGACUGGAAAAGAUUCCAGAAGCAUUGGAAAAGCCUCAGAUAAAAGAGUCCAAAGGGUUUCGACGGCUGUUGAAGUUUGGAAGAAAGAAUCAUAAUCCUUGCUCAAGUGAACGCAAUGUUGAAUCAGAUAAUGGCAGUGUUUAUGGUUCUGAGGCUGAUGACUUGGCAAUAAACACUUCCUCUUCAAGUGAAGUACAUACAUUGAAGAACUUGAUCUCUCAAGAUGAAACCCCCAGUGGUGCUGGUACUCCCCAAAAGCCUUCUCGCCAUUUUUCCCUGCUGUCACCAUUUAAAAGCAAGACUAGGGAAAAUAAAUCAACAACCUGAUGAAACUGGGUGUUAAAUUUGAAGCUAUGGACAACUGAAGCGUUUUAUCACUUUUGAUGGCUUUUGACCCUGAAUUAUUACAGAUGUUCCUUUUUAUUCAUUUUGGUGCAUUGAUAUUUGAAAAAACCGAGAGGUAUUAGUUACGACAUUAUUGUAAAAUUGUUCUUUGUACAUUCACACCCACUGAUCUAUGUUCUUAUUGUGAAUUAGUUUGUCAUCUUCUCUCUGUCUUGACCACACGCACUUCAGUUUC